AUGUCGGUCGCACGCGACCGCGCCUGGCGAGACGGCGACGCUAGGCAAAUCGCAGAACUGCAGACGCGCGUCGUCGAUGCGGUUAGAGCGCUGGAUCGUGACGUGCGGAGUCUCACAAAUGAUGAACUGCGCGGGAAGACGGACGCGUUUCGCGCGCGGCUGCGAGCUGGGGAGACGUUGGACGAUAUUUUAGUGGAGGCGUUCGCGGUGGUGCGAGAGGCGUCGACGCGCGAGCUCGGGUUGACACAUUUCGACGUGCAAUUGAUCGGGGGGGCGCUUUUGCACGAGGGAUGGGUGGCGGAGAUGAGUACAGGGGAGGGAAAGACUUUGGUGGCGACUUUACCCGCGUAUUUGAAUGCGUUGGAUGGCAAGGGCGUGCACGUGGUGACGGUGAACGAUUACUUGGCAGCGCGCGACGCGACGGAGAUGGGAAGGAUAUAUCGUUUCUUAGGACUCACGGUGGGCGUGAUUCAAUCUGACAUGACUUCAGAGGAGCGGCAGCGGGCGUACGCGUGUGACAUCACGUAUGUGACAAACACGGAGAUUGGGUUCGAUUACUUGCGCGACAACAUGGCAAACGACGCGGAAGAAUUGGUCGUGUUGACGCGUCCGUUCAAUUUCGCCAUCGUGGACGAGGUCGACAGCGUCUUAAUCGAUGAAGGACGCAAUCCGCUAUUGAUCACUGGCACGGGCGACGUGAACGACGACGAUCAGUACGUGACCGCGGCUAAAGUUGCGGAAAGCUUAAUCCCCGGGCGCGACUUCAAAGUCGUCUUGAAGGAGAAAACAGCCGAACUCACCGACGAAGGCAUGUUGCACGCGGAGCAGAUCCUCGGUGUGAACGAUCUGUGGGAUGCAAAAAACCCUUGGGGCAAGUACAUUCUGCUCGCCGUCAAGGCAAGGGCGCUCUUUAUCAAGGACAUCGAUUACAUUGUGCGAGACGGCAAAGUCAUCAUCGUCGAUCCGUCCACCGGGCGAGUGCAGAUGAAUCGGCGAUGGAAUGAUAACUUGCAUCAAGCCGUCGAAGCGAAGGAAGGCGUAGAAAUUAAUGGCGAGAAUUCAAUCAUCGCAUCCAUUUCUUACCAAUGUCUAUUCAAGCUAUACAAGAAACUGAGCGGCAUGACGGGCACGGCGUCGACGGAAUCGGAAGAGUUCUUCACCACGUACAAUCUCGGCGUGGCGCGCGUGCCGACGAACAAGCCCAAUUUACGAAUAGAUAGCCAGACAUCGCUCUUCUUAAACAGCAUACCGAGAUGGUACGCCGUCGUGGAUUUGAUUGAGAGGUGUCAUGCCGAAGGCAGACCCGUACUCGUGGGUACGACGUCGGUGGAAAAUUCCGAAAUUUUGAGUGACUUGCUCUCGCGGCAUCGAUGGGUGACGAACGAUGGGCGCAAAAUUGCUGGCGUACCACACGAGCUGCUAAACGCGCGUCCGCAGUAUGCGGCGAGAGAAGCCGAGAUCAUCGCACAGGCUGGGAGAAAGUACGCGGUGACAAUCGCCACAAAUAUGGCUGGGCGCGGUACCGACAUUCUACUCGGUGGUAGCCCUGUGGGCUUGGCGAAGCGUGCGUUGAAGGAGAAACUUUGGCCCGCUUUUGAUCUAGGGGAUAUCGGUGACGCAGCUCUGCUCAUGUACGUUGAUCUGUCCCAAGAGGCCCAAAUCACGCUCAAUCAGGCGGAGCAUGAUCGAGUGUUGAUGCAUUUCGUCAACGUUGCCGCGUACCACGUCUUGCGAGAUUGCCAAAAGCAGUGCUCCGACGAACGAGAAGAAGUUCGAGAAGUCGGCGGAUUGCAAGUCAUCGGUACCUCCAUUCACGACAGUCGACGCGUUGAUAACCAACUCCGCGGUCGCGCCGCACGUCAGGGUGAUCCGGGAAGUACGGUUUUCUGUGUGUCGGCCGAAGACGAGUUGUUACAAACGUACAUGCCUGGUUGGGGAAACGAUAAGUUGUGGAUGUUCGCCGGCGUCGAUGAGUACUCGCCCAUCGUCUCGGAUAUCGUCGACGGUCAGCUUCGCAUGGUUCAAAAGCAAAUCGAAGACUACCUGUCAUCGCACCGACAGUCCACGUUCGAAUCCGAUCGCGUGCUCGAUGGUCAGCGCGAGGCGGUGUACAAGUUGCGGCGACAAAUUCUGCUGAGCAGCCAGUCGGCGCUGCGUGAGCGCUUGUUCAAGUAUAUGGCCAGAGUCGUCGACGACGCGUGCGAACGUGCGGGUGUUUCGGGCAAUGUUCACCCGAAAAAGUGGAAUUACGAACAGCUCUUGAGUGAGCUGCGUUGCGUGUUUAUCGGUCGAACAGAUUUCAUCGCCUUGACGCGCGGAUUACCCACGGGCGACAGGCCGCAUUACCUUCCGGGCGUGAAUGCGGCUCGGCGUUUACGCUCAUACCUGACUGAAUCCGCCGUGCAACUGUACUUGGAUCGAUUCGCGCGUCUGGCUGCAAAAGACUACGAUCGCGCCGAACUCGAAAGCGUCGAGCGACUUUGGGCUCUUCGCGCCAUAGAUGAACUAUGGCAGCGGCAUUUGGUGCAGAUGGAGGUGUUGCGCAGUAGCGUACAAGUGCGAAGCUUCGGUCACUUGGACCCGAAAGAUGAGUUUCGCAUCGACGGCGCGCGAGCGUUUGUGUCAUUGGUUGAAUCCAUUCGCGAAGCCAUGGUUAAGAACAUCUUCUUCUUCAUUGGCGCGAGCGUUGAGCCGACUACUAAUUUCGAUGUCGACGAGAACGAAGACGCGCAGGAGCGGCAAACGCAAAAUGAAUAGGCUAGAAUCUAGAACAU